AUGGAUAUGUUUAAUCAGAGGAAGAAAAGCACAGGCCGCAAGAAGAUUGAGAUCAAGAAGAUUGAGAAGGAUAGCAACAAGAAUGUCACAUUCUCGAAACGACGAGGAGGUUUGUUCAAAAAAGCUAGCGAACUCUGUAUUUUAUGCAAUAUUCAUGCGGCCAUAAUUGUGUUUUCUCCUGCUAACAAAUGCUACUGCUUUGGCCAACCCAACGCGGAGACCAUCCUCACCAGUUAUCUCAAAGGAACCAAAGAUUUUAACCCUACAGAGCCAAUAGACAAAUCAGUGUCCUACAACGAUGUCCUUGAUAGAGAAUAUGAGGAGGCCAUAAAGAGGUUGGAAUUGGAAAACAAGAAACUUGCAGACACUGAGACUAUAGCAAAGUUUUGGAAAAAAGAGGAUUGGUGGAACGAGUCGAUUGAUGAUAUGAAUAACGAUCAGCUAGAGGAAUUUAUGAUGUCCAUGUCUGAGUUAAGGUGGAACCUAGCUGAAAGGGCAGGUGCACGGGUGAUGAUGCAUCCAAUGCAAUAG